CGCCCCAGCCCCGAGCGCGCCAUGGCCGCGGCGGUGGAGGCGGGGGGCUUCUUCCUGGGCACACUGGGCUGGGGGCUGCUGGGGGUGACGCUGCCCAACAGCUACUGGCGGGUGUCCACGGUGGACGGCAACGUGAUCACCACCUCCACCCUCUUCGAGAACCUCUGGCAGAGCUGCGCCACCGACUCCACCGGCGUCUACAACUGCCGGGACUUCCCCUCCAUGCUGGCGCUGUCCGGCUACCUGCAGGCUUGCCGGGCCCUGAUGAUCACGGCUCUGCUGUUCGGCUUCCUGGCCAUCCUCUGCGGCGUGGUGGGGAUGAAGUGCACCAAGGUGGCGGAUGGGAACCCUGCGGUCAAGGGCAAGAUGGUGGCCGCCGGGGGCUGCAUGUUCAUCCUGGCAGGGCUGUGCGGGAUGGUGGCGCUCUCCUGGUACGCCUUCAACAUCACCCGGGACUUCUUCGACCCCCUCUUCCCCGGCACCAAGUACGAGAUCGGCCCGGCGCUGUACCUGGGCUGGAGUGGAUCCCUGCUGGCCAUCGUUGGGGGUGGCUGCCUCUUGGGCUCCUGCUGCACCCACCCCUCGCGGGACAAGAGCUUCAGCUACCCCUACAGCGAGCCCAAGGCGGGCCCCAAGCGCCCCCGGAGAGGCUCCGACGCCAGCAGUGUCGGCCAAUACGGCAAGAACGCCUAUGUCUAGGUGUGGGGACGGGGGGAGGGGGACCCACUGCAAAUCUCCCCCCUCCCCCCACUCCCACCCUGCACCGGACUCGGCGGCCCCUGCAGGGACGUGCCGCCCCACUGCCAGCCGAUCCCCAGCCACGGGAGAGGGGCAGGAUUGUUUGACGACCUGUGAGGCCAGAAGACUCCGUUCGAUCACUGCACCGCAGCAGGUGAGACGCGCCCCGAGGAUCCCAGCGGGCGAUCGGUGCCCCGAGGAUCCCAGCGGGCGAUCCAUGCACUGUGCUGCAGCAGAAGGCAAAAAAACCCACAACCCCGCAAUGUCCCUGCUAAUCCAAUUUGUGGGAGGAAAGUGCUUCCUAACCCCAAAUCCGGGGAUCAGUUGGACCCAGAAAGAGGGUUUUCUGGCCCACCCCUGCCGGUGUCCCAUCUCCAGCUGUGGCCGAUCCCUGCUGUGUCAGAGAAAGCCAGAAAAAACAUAACAACCGAGAUUCACCUGGCUCAUUGUGCACGGUGGGAGGUGGAGGGAGAGGAAAUCUUCCUGACCAUACAGGCAACCAGCUGAAGCCCUGAACCAUGAGACUGGAUUUGAGCUUUCCCAUGCGAACAGGAAUUUUUCAAUGAGAUUUUUUUUCCCCAUGGGAAAAGGCUGAUCCACAGAAAACAAAACUGUUUGGGGGAAGGUGUCGGUUCUGCUUUGGAGGGGGGGAGGGAGGAUUUAAAAAAAAAGGGUCAGAAAAAUGUCAAAAUGGGGGAGCUCCACGUUUUUGGCCGAAGUUCAAGUCUGAACGGAGCCAAAACGGUGGGAUGGCGGCGUUUUGAUGGACCGGCUCCACAACCGUUUGGCUCCUGAGCGUGGUUGAUAUUUCCUGGCCUGGGGGUGUUGAUCGUUUUCUCCACCCGCUUGAAAAUCCGCGGGGGCUGGGAAAACGGAGCCCAGCGCUGCCGGUGGGGGGCACUUGGCUCGGUCCCUCGGAGGGGUUCGGCUCCCUGGUCGUACACGGUGAGGCUGAUACGUUGCAGGCAGAAGGUGUGGAGGAUGCAGCCGUGGAGGGGCGGCCGGACUCUGCCACGAAGCCAGCCUGACUUUCUCCGGCAGUCUGGAGUUUGUGGGGGCCGGGGAGCUGCCUGGGACAGGCGGACGUGUGGAGCCAGACUCUUCCCCUGUUUUGUACAAAAUAAACACGUUAUGUGAA